GCGCGCGCGGGGCGCUGCGCCGGCGGUUGCCAGGGCGGCGCGGCGCAGUAUUAUGGGAUGCGGCGGGGGAAUGGCGCGGGGCGCGUGAUUUUGAACAAACACGGUGGCUUCGUCACGGGCGCUGUCGCCGCCGCCGGGCGCGGUAGUGGAGCGGAGGGGGCCGGCGGUGGCGCGAGGCGCGGAGGGCGUCCGGCGACGGCGACCGAGAGAGGCAUCGGUAGCUGCAGAGGAGGAGAAAGAGCGCCCGCCCGCUCGCCUGUACCUGCUCCAGUCAUCACUGCCACAACUGCUAAAAUGGAGGUGGUUUCAGCUGAAGUCAACAGCUUACUCCCUGAGGAAAUAAUGGACACUGGUAUAACUCUAGUGGAAGAUGACAGCAUUGAAGCCGUUAUCGUGUCAUCACCAAUGGGAGACUCUAUUCCCAUGGAAACGGAACUGGAAGAAAUAGUGAACAUAAGCUCCACCAGUGACUCCUCAGCUACGACUGUGGCCGCAGUCACCUCAGAAUCAGUUACUGCACCCAGCAAUCACUCAGACGACAUGACAGUGAACACCACAACCCCAAAAAUUGAUGUGAAUGCAGUAGUAAAGCCUUCCUUUCCAAGUGGCCUCCAUAAACUUGGUGCUCAGACCCCUGUCACUAUAUCAACCAAUCAAAUAAUUCUGAACAAGACUGCAGAUAUUAAAAUAGGCAAUCAGAGCAUUAAACCAGAUGGGCAAAAGCUAAUUGUAACAACUUUAGGCAAGUCUGGCCAACCUAUUGUUUUAGCAUUACCCCACAGCCAGCUCCCACAGGCCCAGAAGGCCAUGUCCCAGGCCCAAGGUGGAGACUCCAAGGUACAAGGCCAGCAGAUCAAAGUUGUUAUUGGAGGUCGAUCAGAUGCAAAGCCUGUUGUUGAUGUCUCAGCUUUAACACAAGGAAGUCAGCUUAUAAACACUGCAGCCCAGCCUUCUGUUUUGCAGACUCAGCAAUUAAAAACAGUACAGAUUGCAAAGAAGACCCGAACUCCAACUUCUGGCCCGGUCAUCACCAAGCUGAUCUUUGCAAAACCAAUCAAUAGCAAAGCUGUUACAGGGCAGACUACUCAAGUGUCACCAGUUAUUGCAGGUAGGGUUCUUUCACAGUCUUCUCCAGGAACACCACCAAAGACAAUAACAAUCUCAGAGAGUGGAGUCGUUGGAUCAUCUUUGGCUACAACAACACACCAGACACCAAAUAAAAUAGCUAUCUCACCACUCAAAUCCCCUAAUAAGCUAACAGUGGUGUCAGUGGCCUCCCAGCCUCCCAACUCCCCCCAGAAGACGGUGGGCGUCCCACUGAAUGUAGCGUUAGGACAGCAGAUCCUCACAGUGCAGCAGUCAGCACCCUCCUCCCCUGGGAAGGCUAUUGUCAACCACACAACCACCCAGGCUGUGAAAUCAACAGUGCAGACCAUUACUGUAGGAGGAGUGGGUACCUCUCAAUUUAAGACAAUUAUUCCCUUGGCAACUGCACCCAAUGUUCAGCAGAUUCAGGUACCUGGAAGCAAGUUCCAUUAUGUCAGACUUGUUACUGCCACAACAGCCAAUAGUUCAACUCAAUCAGCUAGUCAAAAUCCAAGUACGAAUACACAGCCUCUUCAACAGGCAAAGCCAGUGGUAGUGAACACUACCCCAGUGCGGAUGUCUGUUCCCAUAGUGCCAGCACAGACUGUGAAACAGGUGGUGCCAAAACCAAUCAACCCAACUUCCCAGAUAGUUACUACUAGUCAGCCCCAACAAAGGCUUAUUAUGCCGGCCACUCCACUGCCACAGAUACAGCCCAACCUCACCAACCUCCCACCAGGCACUGUACUGGCACCAGCACCUGGCACGGGAAACGUUGGGUAUGCAGUCCUUCCAGCUCAGUAUGUCACACAGCUACAGCAAUCAUCAUAUGUAUCUAUAGCAAGCAACACUGCCUUUACAGGGACAUCUAGUAUCCAGUCCCAAGCACGGUUACCAUUCAAUGGAAUAAUUCCUUCUGAAUCUGCAAACCGCCCAAGGAAGCCUUGUAAUUGUACUAAGUCUCUAUGUUUGAAAUUGUAUUGUGAUUGUUUUGCAAAUGGUGAAUUCUGCAAUAACUGCAACUGUACAAAUUGUUAUAACAACCUGGACCAUGAAAAUGAUAGACAAAAAGCAAUAAAGGCCUGCCUUGACAGAAACCCUGAAGCCUUCAAGCCCAAAAUAGGCAAAGGAAAGGAAGGAGAAUCUGACCGGAGACACAGCAAAGGGUGUAACUGUAAACGCUCAGGAUGUCUGAAAAACUACUGUGAAUGUUAUGAGGCAAAAAUCAUGUGUUCUUCCAUAUGCAAAUGCAUUGGCUGUAAAAAUUUUGAAGAAAGCCCAGAGCGAAAGACAUUGAUGCAUUUAGCAGAUGCUGCAGAAGUUAGGGUCCAGCAGCAAACAGCUGCAAAGACCAAGUUAUCUUCCCAGAUCUCAGAUCUGCUGACAAGGCCAACACCAGCACUCAACAGUGGUGGUGGGAAACUGCCCUUUACAUUUGUAACCAAGGAAGUAGCUGAUGCAACCUGUGAAUGCCUUCUCGCGCAGGCAGAACAGGCAGAGAAGAUGGGGAAGUCAAAAGCCGCAGCAGAGCGCAUGAUCCUGGAAGAGUUUGGACGCUGUUUGAUGAGAGUUAUUAACUCUGCUGGGAAGUCCAAAAGUGACCCUUGUGCCAUGAACUGCUGACUCAUGCACAUGAGCCACAAUGAAACGGACUGAACAGAACACUUAAGGCACAGGGACACUUUGGUUUGGCACAGAGGAUUUAAUAAUAUUUGUUAAUUUGGUGCUGCUUGUAAAUUGACCUGCAUAAGAUUGAAACAACAAAAUCUUUUAUGAUGAGAUGUAGAGCUUUUUAAAUCUUAGCUAACUCUUCUUCUAAAGACAAUGCCUCAGUUCUUCUUCCCAAUGUACAGCUUUUACCUUGGGUUUCUUAAAAGUUAGAUGUGUUCUCUCCUUUCUCCCAGAAUAAUUGCCUGAAGGGCAUAUGUAAAUUAUUACAUAUGAUGGAGUUGCAUCACUUUGUGCAUACAGGAAAACACAGGUGAUGUCAACAGCUAAGAGACGCUUUUGUUGACAGGCCCAUAAUAAGGAGGUAUCAGUGUAUCUGAGAGACUUCUGAAAGGAAGUGUGUAAAAAGGAGCAUCUAAAUGGAAAGUAGUACUUGUACUUAGUAUUUGACACAGCAUUUUCCUCUAGUGUAUGGAGCACUGUGAAAUGCACAGGCAAUAAGGCAAGGGGGUUGCUUGGAGAUUCGGUGUUGGGCAACUGGUGGAGAAUCUUGAUGGAGUGGGGCCCAAGGAAUUUAGAGGUGAAUUGAAUUAAUGGAAUUUUUUUAAUAGGAAUAUGGCCAAGAGCUCAGAUAUUUCUUAAACUGGAACUUGAAGGCUCAGAAGCAAGGAAGAGCAUCUAUGCUACUAUAGUGGAGUGAUUGACCAGUGUACAUUAUUACCUAAGUGUGCAGCAGGUGGAUGCUGUGCUGUGGUUUUUCAGAGGUCUGCAGCAGCCUUAUCUCUCACCAGAGGUAGGGUUGUGCGGUCCAUUGUGUUUUCUAGGAUUGAGCUGUAACCCUGGAAAAGUGUUUUAGGUCGGAGAAGCUGAGGUCACAGGAGACCACAUGUGGAACUACAGUUGUCUUAAUGAAGACUGGAGACAAUCUCCACCCCAAUCCACUUGCAAACUCAGGUAGGGAUCAUGUUCAGCCUGGUUGUGAGUCUUCAGGAUGCUGCUUCUCUUCGUGUUGGCAAUUUACUUGAUGAAAACUUUUAAGUGUUGUUUAAAAUGUCUUUGAGGGUUGUGAUCAGAGAGAAUGCUAGGACAGAAUCAGGAUUGCUACCAAAAUGGACGCACAGACCCUUUUACACAUAGUGAGGGGAACAGGGAAAGUACUAUACAGAGGCAUAGACCAAGGCAAGGGAUUUUUUUUUUUCAGUAUUUGUUACGGGCAAUCUCAGAUCACGCUUUUGAUAGUGGAACGCAUUUGCAAAAUUAACCUGGUAGGUUACUUACCUACCAUGCAAGUCAGUAACCAAGUUUAAACACAGGCAUUUUUUUUACCUGUCUCAUUGAAGCCUGGACUAACUAGGUUCUCCAAAAGGGAUUUUGUAUUCCUCCUGUAAAAUUGCAAAUAUGGAGAAAUGCAGCAGAGCUCUUCAUCUUUUCCAGCAGAGCCAGGCUGGGGAAAGGUAGGGAAUUGGUAAACCAGCAGCAGAGCUAAGUGCCUACACAUCUGAUCGCAGUAGGAUCAGAGGAGGCUUCCACUCUUGUCUUUACUUACAUGAUCCUGUACACUGAACAGAACACCCUUUCUCCUUGACCGUUCUCUGGUGCCUCCUCAAAAUGUCUUGGGAGUGCAGAGGGCCUAAGAGGCAUCCAGGAGCAGUGCUGGGCCCAUUGGGUGGCCAUUGCAGAAAAGGUUUGAUCUGCCAGUCACUGUCUGAAGAGCCAUCUCCCUGAGCAUAAACAGCAAGUAUAUUUGUGCAACUCUCUGAAAAGGGAAUCCACCUCUUGUGUAAUUAAAUGUCAUUUUUCUCAUAAUUAGGACUUGGAUUUACUAAAAAAAUCAGUGCAGUAACUUUACAUGUAGAUAGUGCAGAUACUCAGUUUACUUGUAGUGACCUAAUAUAGUACAUUCAGUAGGAUUUGUAUAAAUGUAAACUAGUGUAAGUGAAUAAAAUAAUACCUACUUAUGUUAUUUUUCAAACAGAUUGCAAUAUGCCUUUUGUUUAGACUCCAAUCCAUGUUAAUUUUGUAUAUAUUCUGUAUCUUACUCUAAAUUGCAACUUUUGUGAUGUGUAUUUAUAUACAGUAUGCAAAAACACUUGUGAAAUUUAGAUUACACUUGUAAUUAUGUAUGAUGGCAUUGCUUGAGAUUAUUUUGCUGGUAAAGACUUUGAAGGUGCAAUCAAAUGCUCUUAGUUCUUCUGUUUUGUUUUGAACAAGCUUUCACAGAUAAGCUUGGAUUUUUUUUCUCGCCUCUCCCUGGUGUAGAAUGUGUGAAUUGUUUUUUGUACUUCCUUAGCCAUUUGCAUCAAACUGCUGGACAAGAUUUACAGUCAAGUUCAUCCAGUUACAUAAAAGUAAUUGGGAAUGGGGCAAGGGUUCAUUUUCUAGUUGUUUACAUCUGAAAGUAGAAAAAUUAAAUUUAUAUUUACUAGACCUAUUCUAAGAAUACACUUUUCUAUAUUGUACAAAUAAAACAGAUAA